AAUAUACCAACUUUGUAUUACACAACCUCUUCCAUUGUCAUCAUUCAUCAGAGACAAACACAUUCUCUUUCACUGAAUCACAAAAGACCAAACACAGAACAUGGACAAGCCUCCGUUGAAGAAGUACUUUGAUAAACUCCGGUUUGUGUUUCUCACCUCAUUUAUUUUUUGUCUGUCAUUGCUUCUAUUGGAUUAUCACAUGGCUGUAAGUGAUCAUGGCAUCACCUUUUAUCUUCACGACAAAAAUGGUGCAAGACAUGCACAGAUUCCCAAGCCCUCAAAUUCUUCUUUCAGUUUUAAUGAUGGUGGAAAAACUAGCUAUACCAAUACCAAUCAAACUAAUGUGACACAUGGUGAAGUGCAUUGGAGAGACCCUCCUUUGGUUAGAGACAAUGUUGGAGUUGUUACAAAUUCUCCCACAAGAAAUUUGGAUUCUUGUUCAGGUCAAUAUGUCUAUGUUUAUGAUAUUCCUAGGAGGUUCAAUAGGGAUUUGCUGAAGGAUUGUCACUCUCUCGUGAAGUGGUGGGAUAUGUGCCCUUUUAUGUCUAACUUAGGCCUUGGACUUAAGGUUAUUGAUAAAUCAAAGGAGAAGGUUCUGUUGAAGGAAAGUUGGUAUAGAACUAACCAAUUUUCACUUGAAGUUAUUUUCCAUAACAUAAUGAAGCACUACAAGUGCUUGACCAAUGAUUCUUCACUGGCUUCUGCUAUAUACGUUCCCUACUAUGCUGGCCUUGAUGUGGGUCAGUACCUUUGGGGGGGCUACAAUGUCUCAAUAAGAGAUGCUUCACCAAAAGAGUUAGUGAAGUGGCUGGCACAACAACCUGAGUGGAAAAGAAUGUGGGGUAGGGAUCAUUUCCUAGUUGGAGGGAGAAUUCGUUGGGACUUCAAUAGAAUAUCAGAUGACAAUGAUGAUUGGGGCACCAAGCUGAUGCUUUUGCCAGAAGCAAGAAACAUGUCAAUUUUGCUGAUUGAAUCUGCUGCUGAAUAUAACAAUGAGUUUCCAAUUCCAUAUCCAACAUACUUUCACCCCUCCAAGGAUAAGGAGAUUUUUCAGUGGCAGAAAAAGGUGGCAGAAGAGAAAAGGCGUUACUUGUUUUCAUUUGCAGGUGGUCCAAGGCUAAGUAGAUCAGCCAGCAUCAGAAAUGAGAUAAUCAAACAUUGCCAAUCUUCUAAGAGUUGCAAUUUUCUAAACUGCCUUGAUGGUCCCAGGGAUCGUUGCAAUGAUCCUGUGCAUGUUACAAAGGUGUUUCAGAGCUCAGUCUUUUGUCUUCAGCCUCCAGGGGAUUCAUACACUAGAAGAUCAACUUUUGACUCAAUUUUGGCAGGUUGUAUUCCUGUUUUCUUUUGUCCAGAAUCAGCAUAUGACCAAUAUUUGUGGCAUUUUCCCAAAAAUGGUUCUAGCUACUCUGUGUACAUACCACAAACAGAUGUCACAGAGAAUAGAGUAACGAUCAGUGAGAUAUUGUCCAAAGUUCCCAAACAUCAAGUGUUGGCAAUGAGAAAAGAGGUUAUAAGACUUAUUCCAAGAAUAAUAUAUCGUUAUCCAGGUUCUAGAUUAGAGAACUUUGAAGAUGCAUUUGAUGUAGCAGUGAAGGGAAUUCUUGGGAGAAUAGAAGCAAUAAAAAGCAACAUUACAAUUGACAAUUACACGAGUUCCUAGGAGGCAAGGCAAGGAUGCUAUGUUUCUUUUGGUCUCAAGUCAGGUGAAAUUACAAACUAAAUCAACAAAAUUCAGAAAUUAUUGCCCUUUGUAGAUGGAUUUUACAGGCACUCUUUUGAAUCAUAUCUUAGAACUUGGAAGAUUUUGCAGGCAGAAAUUGUUCGUUAGUUAGUCAUAUUUUCAUUUCAGUUUCAUUUUUGAGAAUAGACAUAUCCUUUGUAUUUAUUUCCCCACAACAUGUCAAAAUAUUUCAUUGCUAUAAAUAAUUUC